AUGGAACAUGUGCAGAAUUCGCUUAUUCAAGAGGGGAAUGAAAUGGGAUCGGUGCUAUACACAUAUCGGAGUUGUGUCAAAGCACUUCCUCAGCUUCCAGAUUCUAUGAAGCAAAAUCAGGCUGACUUGUAUAUGGAAACGUAUCAAGUGCUGGACUUGGAAAUGAGUCGUCUGCGAGAAAUUCAGCGAUGGCAAGCAUCAGCUGCAUCUAAAGUAUGA